GGUCAAUUUUCAGGGCACUGGUGUUAACCAUAGAGGGCGCUUAUCAUUUGACUUCCGUCAAUCGCAUUUCCGUUGAGAAUGUAGUAGAAAACCAAACAGAUACAAAAAAAAUACAUUGAAAGCUCUCAUUUUGGACAUUUAUGAGAUUGGAAUCUACUGAUAUGUAGAAGAAAGCCAGCAUUGAAAACAUGUCCAGGAUGAAAAGUGGGACUCGUAGGAAGUGUAGCACUUGCUGUUCAGAUGGACAACAGUACAAUUAUCAUCCAAGCAAGGAAACUUUUCAUCAUCUAUUUAAAAGACAGUAUUCAGGAACAUGUAUAAAUGCUCAAAAAAUUGUCAAUGAUUAUGUUUCACAUCAGGCCCCAGGAUUAAUGAAAGAAAAAGAAUAUGAUCUGGGAAAUAACAAUAAAGUAUUUGCAUCAAAAUGGCUAGAUGAUAAGCAAGUUGUUUUUGGAACAAAAUGCAACAAGUUAAUGGUAAUGGAUGUUUAUUCAGGAAGAAAUAUUCAGAUUCCAUCUUUAAAAAGUAGUGAUGAGAGUCCACCAGCUGAUAGUCCUUGCGGUAUACACGCUAUAGCUCUCAAUCCGUCAGAAUCCCUCUUGGCAACAGGGGGAGAAAAUACAAAUGAUCUGGCAGUAUAUAUGCUUCCUACUUUCGACCCUGUUAUGGUUGGUGAGUGUUCACAUUCAGACUGGAUAUUUGACAUAGAAUGGGUAGAUGAUGAGUAUGUCUUGACAGGUUCAAGAGACAGUCAGUUAGCUUUGUGGAAAGUAGACAAUUUAGAAAAAGAUGAACCUACAGAAAGCACAAGUUUAAAGUUUCCAGACUAUAAUAUUAAAAAACCAGAAGUGGUUAAACUAUGUGAUAAAGCUCAGAAAGUCAGGGCAUUAUGUUUUGAUUAUAAUAGAAAGGAAUUAGGUGUAUUGUCAUUAAAUGCAUAUUUCCAUAUAUGGGAUGUAGAAUCAUUUUCGCCUGUCAGUAGUAGAAAACUGUUUCACUCCAGAGAGAAUGUAUGUAUGGCUGUUUCUAUAGAUAAGACGAUGUAUGCAGUGGGAUCUCAAUCUCAUAUCAAUUUGGUAGACCCAAGGUCACCUAAUACUUUAACAACUGUGAUAUCUAAAUACAGAGGAGGUGGUGUGCGGUCACUGAGUUUUAAAAAUGACAUACUAACAAUUGGUACAGGUGUGGGACAUGUAUUGUUCUUUGAUGUUAAAGGUGGAAAAUACAUAGAAACGGAAUGUGGGGAUGUGUGUUCACUUAAGGUUGCCAAAGGCUGGUUGCUGCAUGAUGAAAAUUAUCGAGAGUUUUUCAUGGAACACCUUUAUCCAAAUGCUAUUUAUACACAUCAAUAUGACCAUACAGGAACUAGACUGUUUACAGCUGGAGGACCACUACCAGCUGGACUCUGGGGAAAUUAUGCUGGACUAUGGUAUUAGUAGCUCUAUUUCUUGAUUGACAGAAGAAGGAAGCCAUAUAAGGACGGUUGGUCAACAACCUGGACUCAGAAUUGUUUUCGGGAAUUCAUCACCUCAAUGGUUUGAAUCGUAAUACACAUGCUAAAAAAAGUGAAAAUGGCAUUGAUAAAGGGAUGUUCCAGAAGUAGUAUGCAUGUAAAACAGAGUUCAUGAAUUCACUUUGAUUAAGUUCGUUUCAUUAUAAGAAACAAGUUCUGGUCAGUACUGUUUUGUAUAACAACCAUAAAUCAUUGUAGAUAUUCAGUUUUCAUCUAUAGAUUUAUUUUAAAGGAAUGCCUGAGUCAGCUCUGUCAAAAUAUGUUACUUUUAUCAAUUUUUACUUCAACAAGCUGUUGUUGUGUAAAAUUUUGUUACAUUUUUACCUCUUUAGUUUUCUGAAUAAAAUUACUAAGUAUUACAGGAAUUGUUGAGACUUCUAUUGGUCAAAUUGGAAAUUAAAAAAAAGGAAGUUUCUAAAAGCUUAUUAUUUUAUUUAUUUCUCUGAAAAUAUGUACGUACUUAAAAUCUGUUAAUAACAUGCCGGUACAAUACAUGUAUUUCAAUGGGCAUUAACCAUGUUAACUGUAAAAUACUUUUAUUAGGGAAAAUAGUUUCAAAUUUUUAUCAUAACAAAAAACAAAAUUGGAUUGAUGGACUUUCAUAUAAACAAAAAUGGUUAGAAAUAAUAUAUAUAGGUAUGAUACACAUUUAAAAAUAUAUGGUCCCUAUUCAUAAGAUAUAUAAAAUAACUUGUUAAGUCUUUCUUGUGGUGUUGUCUUUAAUGACUAUAAACAAAAGACUUUUACAGGGAACAAUAAAGAUAUUUGACAUGGAAGUUCAAUAUCUGUGUAAUUGAGAAUAAUAUCCCUUCCAUGGACUUAGUAGAAAUAAUAAUUGGUUCAUAUCACCACAUCAUGUUUUGUAUUGGAAUUCAUUUUCAUGAAUAUUUAUAAAACCAUUUUAUAAUUUGAAUUAUAUAUUAUUUUAAUUUAGAAAUGAGAAUAAAUCAAAUAAGAAAUGAACUCAUUUUGUAAAUUUGUUACAUUUUUUUUACAUGUUCAUUUUAUUGUUAAUGAUUAAUGCUUGAAAAGGAAUUUUAAUUUUUCAUUCAAACAUUUUUUUCUUCAGAAAAUGCAUGAAAUAGGUAUGUUUUGGUUUUUGUUUGCAGCAGUUUAGUUUGGUAUUAAGAAUAUAAUGGUUUCAUUUUGUAAUUGUAUUGUGAACAGCGUAAAAACCAUUUGGGAGAAAUUAUGCUUUUAUUAAAACAAUAUCUUCCUAAUCUACCCAUCACAGCUUUGGAACAAUUUAAAAAAAAAAUUAAUGUAUUAAAUAAAAAAAUAUGAAAAUGUCACAACAUUUUUAAGUUGAAAUUGUUAUACACUGCCAUAAUGAUUUAAUUCAAAUUCAUUUGUUAUUUUAUUUGUUGAGUAUAUCUGUUAUGAAUGACCACAGAUUGAUGUAGUGAAACCUUUGCUUGUUGUAAUAAAUUAAGAAUAAAUGUUAUGAAUUAUUGUAUAAUACAUAAACAGAUGCAUUUAAUAAUAACUUAUAGUAAAGAUAUACAAAUGUUGAAAUUCAACUAAAUUGAAGAUUUUAUUCAGAUAAGUUGCAAAACUUGGGAAACAAAGUUGCACAUAUUUUGCAUUUUAUGAUUUACUUUUCAACCAGAAUUUUAUGAAUUUUUAAUAGAAUGUGUGGCUGAAUGGUAAAAAAUAAUAUAGUGAGCGACAGUACAGUAUGAUGUGUUCAUGUGUUGUUUACAUAUAAAGUAGAUGUAUGAGAGAUGAAAGUUGUUGAUACAUAGAAUGAUGACAGAAAAGUUUGGUUGGAUUAGUAGAUGAACAGUCAUGUAAAAUAAUAUGGGUUAUCUUUCAAUGCAAUUAAAUAAUUUGUGUUUUAAUUAAAGUGUUUAUAUAGUAACAGACUAUACUGUCAUCAUAAUCUGUUAUAAUAAACAAUAUUGCUUUAUUUCCAAGAGGAUAUUUUAACAGACAACAUUCACACUGAACUAUAUAUUUAAAUAUAUAACUUCAUUGUAAUUGUCUCAUUAUUCUUGGUUAGUGUCUUAUUUUUGUUAAUUUUGUUUUUAAAUCACUGUUCUAAACAAUUUAAAAACCUCUGAUAUGAUUAUAUCAGAAGUGUUCUAUAUUUAUGUUCUUUUCAAAUGAAAAGGUCAUACAUUAAAAAUAGAAUAAU